AUGAAUCGAAGUGAUUUAUACAAUUUUAUAACUACUGAAUCGGAUAGGUUAAGAAUACAGGCAAUGGCCCCACCCAAGGCAUUUUCUUAUCUUGCUUCGCCUUUCAACACCUUAGUGGAAUCUUACAAGCUUAAUGGUUAUCAACUGCCUUUGCUUUUUUACACUGACAAUGUAAAUAGCAAUCGAGCUUUUUUGGAAGGUGUACUACCAAGUUUAUUGAAAAAUGACAGUAAGGCCAUUGUAUGCAAGCCAGCAAACAUUGAAGAACAGCCUAGCAAUGAUUACGGUUCGAGUUUACCUGCUUUGGUACUUCCUAAUGCAAUGGGUGUGCUUGUAUUUUCUGAUUCUGAAAAAACCAACCUUGCAUGUCAAAACAUUUUGGAUAAUUUGGAAGAUCAUCCCGAAUACUUGAGUUUCAAUUGUGAAUGGAUAGCAAGAUAUCAUGGUACUUUUAAUGUUGGAUUAAGAAAAACACAAGCAUCUUUAAAUGAAGUAUUACUUAUCCAACUCUGUUAUAAAAGCAAAACUUACCUGUUUCGCACUUUUGAGUUCACCGAGGAUGAUUUUCCUGGAAAACUAAGGUAUCUUUUGAAAUGUGAAAAUGUGAAGAAUGUAAAUGGUAACUUUCUGCGCUUACAAAAAGGAUACAAGACAAACUCAAAAGGUAUCAUUGAGCUGGGAACAUUUUAUAAGGAUAGAGGGAUUAUAGAGAAAAGAUCCUUAUCCUUGGCCAAAGUUUGUGCUGUUGUUUUGAAAUCUUCGUUACCAAAAAACAAAUAACGUUCGGUGUGGAAAUUGGAAUGCUCCUAGGCUCACAUAAGAUCAAAUUAAUUAUGCUGCGUUA